AUGGGGGAGGGCGCGGUGGUGGUGCUGGAGGCGCCCAAGCCCAGGUCGCCGCCGAGGUACCCGGACAUGUGCGGUCGCCGGCGCCUGCAGCUGGAGGUGCAGAUCCUUGACCGCGAGCUCACGUUCCUCAAGGACGAGCUACAUUUACUUGAAGGGGCUCAACCAGUCUCACGUUCUGGUUGCUUGAAAGAGGUAAACGAGUUUGUUGGUACAAAACAAGACCCGCUAAUACCAAUUAACAAAAGGAAGCACCGGUCCUGCCGUCUUUAUUGGUGGAUCAGAUCGAAACUGUGCAUAUGUGCUUCAUGGCUGUGCUGCUCCUGCCAAUGCCUACCAACCUGCAAAAGACCAAGGUGCUUCGACUGUUCAUGCUGCGAGCCAAACUGCUCGUGCUGCAGCCUGAACUGCUGCAGCUGCUUCAGUAUCCCUUCGUGCUGCAAACCAAGCUGUGGCUGCUUUGAGUGCUGCAGCUGCAGCAAACCACAGUGCUGCAGCAGCGGCUGUAACCCUUGCGGCGAGUGCAAGCCGGAGUGCGGCUCGUGUUCCGGCGGCGGCUGCUGCGGCGAGCAGUGCUGCUCCUGCCCUCGAUGCACAGGCUGCUUCAGCUGCUUCAAGGUCCCCAAAUGCUCGUGCGCGCAGUGCUUCAACUGCCAGUCGUCGUGCUGCAAGGGGCAGCCGUCGUGCUUCAGGUGCCAGUCGUCGUGCUGCGACAAGGGAGGCUGCUGCAGCGGCGGGUCGUGCCUGAGCUGCCCGAAGCCGUCGUGCCCGGAGUGCUCCUGCGGGUGCGUGUGGUCGUGCAAAAACUGUACAGACGGAUGCCGAUGCGCCCGGUGCUGUGCUGGCGGGUGCCUGUGUUAA